GGAAAUAGGAUAAAAGCCAGCCUUUCCUGCUGACUCUGCUUCGCUUUGUUUUUAAAGUCUGCAACCACACACAGAGACUGUACAUCUGAGUCCGCCAAAAAGGACCGGACUUUGGUUUGUUUCUUUGAUAUCUUCGUGAAUUCCGUGCCCUGAAAGACCCAUUUUCGUAAUCCAAUACCAGGAAAAUCUACGCAAGGAAAGGCAUUACAAACUCAGAGAACAGGCCCUCCUCCAAAAAGAAAAGCAAAGCAAGCUUAAUAUCUGUCAGACUAGAAGGUCUUACUCUCAGUCGAAGCCGUACUAAUGGCAGAAAAAGAAAAAGAAGAAGAAGAAGAGGAAGUAGCAGAACGAGAACUAGGACCUCUAGAAGAAGAUGGAGAAGGAGAAGAUGACCAAGAAGAGGAAAUGAAGAAGCUUGUGCGUGCAUACCUGGGGCUGACGUUCUCGGUGUCUUUGGCAUUGCUUCCCAAGAACUCAAUAUCUCUAGUACCAGCCCUAAAAACCCAAGUCCGGGAACUCUCUUUGAGACUUCUUCAAGCAGAGGAGCAGAUGAGGCAGAUGAAGUCCCGGAGAAAGGAGGACUCCAAGGCCAACGCCCGGGUGGUGGAGAUCUUCGCGAGCCACCGGAACGCUUGGCAGUCGGAGGAGAGGCGACUGCUGCAGGGGAUCGAGGAGCUGAGGGAGAGGAUGGCAGAGCUGGAGAAGAGGGAGGCGGAGUACAGGGCGCGCGUGGAGGAGCUUGAGAGAGAGGUAGGCGAGAGGGACGAGAUGAUUAGCUUCAUGUCCAGGACCAGCGCGGCUGCCCAUGAGUUUGGGGAGGAAGAAGAAGAGAGUGCGGCUGAAGUGAGCUUUGCUUAUGCUGGUCCGGAGCCACAAGAUCAUCUUAAUCAGCAUCAGCAGAAUGGGUUUGAUUCCGAGUUGUUGGCGUCCUCGGCUUCCAAGUUUUGGGCGGAAAGAGCUAAUCCCUGCCAGGGUGUACAGUAUGAAUCCCUCGAAUCAUUGUAUCAUAUGAAGCAUUUUGUACCGAGAAGGGAAUCCCCUUGGAAGGUAGAUGGUGAAUCAACAGGAGUUUCCUCUAAACUAAAGUUACUUGAACAGGAACUACUGAAUUUAGUAAAAGUUGGUAAGAGUGAUCUAUCAAAAGUACCAUCACUAAUGAGGAAGCAGGCGAAGAGAUGCCAAGCUCUUUCAGAGAAGAUUGAUGAUCUAUGCAGAAGAAUGAUGCCCUGUGACUGGUAUUCCUCUUUGCACUCAGCGCUGCCUUUGAUCUGCUCGGUGAAACAUUCCUUUGACACUGCAAGUCGCUCCUCAGCAUGUGCCUCUAAUGAUCCUCUUCCCCUUAACACCACCCCAACCCUCAGCGUGCCCCUACAACAGGCUAGUGAUCCCUGUGAACCAACCCUUAGUCCAGAGUUUCAAACGCAAAGGCAAACAGAGUUUCUACUCGAGGCGUUUCGACUUCAGCAACGUGCAUCAGAAACUGGACAGAAGCUCAUGGCGUUACAAACUGAAGUUGCAAAGAGUUAUUAUGGGGAUGAGGUGGGGAGCCAGGCCAAACUGACCACAAGGAGAUCUUUGGACUCGAUCAUGAACAACUUAAAGGAAAUCCAGAGGAAUUUGGAGAUAUGGUUGGCCAGAAUUAUAGGAGAUCUUGAAGGGAUUCUGGCAAGAGAUGGUGCUUCUCGUGUAACGGAUUAUUAUAUUUCAAGGUAUCCUAUAAUUCAAUAGAAUAUCGGAUAUCCAACCCAUCUCGAUCCAAACAAAGAUAUAUCCUCUUUUGGUAUCAUACUGUUCGAAGCCGUAAAGUGGCAGUUAGAUGUCUCAUGUAAAUGAACUUUCCACUUUAUGGUAGCAUCUUAACCUAUUACUAGAUCUUCAAAAUUUACUUUAAAACAUAAUUGCAAAGUAAACUGGGAAACGUACUUUUAACAUCUGUUCCAAGACAACAUGAAAAUAUUGAGAUCUAGUGAUAUAUGCUGUUCUGGCAUAAUUUUUGUAUGAA